AUGGAGCCCACCGGCUCGACGACGACUCACGCUCAAAACUCGGGCCACAAGGUUCGCCGUCCCAGGGCCGCGAGAGCCUGCAACCUCUGCAGGCUGAAGAAGAACAAGUGCGAUGAGCUGUACCCUUGCACCUACUGCAGAAAUCGGAAUGUGGAAUGUGUCUACCAAGGACAGGACUCGUCGAGGAGGCGAUACACGCCCGAAUAUGUCAGGGGCCUGGAGCAGCAAGUGGAGCAGUUGUCCGCUCAGCUUGAGGCGCAGGCAGCAAACAGCUCUUCCUCAGUCAAAUCAGGCUUCUCUGCCCAUAACCAGUAUGCUAACAACGCCGGCGCGCCGGCGGGCUCGCCCGGAACAAGCACGGCCUUCUCAUCCACUCCUCCCAUGACCGCCAGGCCCCGCCAGAGGGGCGGACAGGAGGUCACAGCAAUCAACAGCCACACGCGCAACGUCGAGUUCUACGGCAGCUCGUCGUCGGUCGCGCUGCUGUCCCAGGUCCAGCGGGGCGGCGACCGGUCGCCGGCGUCGUCCGAGGCCGGCGGCACGGCUGAGCACUCCGAGUCGGACGCCGUCGCUGCUGCUCUACUCUCGAAUCUGCACAACCCGGCUUUCUCCCCGCCGCAGCUGGACGCGUCGGACAAGGGCGCCGGCGGCGGGACGACCGUCCUGACCGUGUCCGAGGCGCAACUCUCCGCCAUGGAGCCCGCCUAUUACCGCCAGUGCAGUGUGUUUCUGCACAAUUUCUUCUCCACCAUGCAUUAUAUCCAUCCCAUGAUUGACAAGACGUCCUUCCUCGAGCGGUGUGAGAUCCUCUGGUCCGGCGACAAGGCCGCUAUGAAGCAGCACGCGAGCUUCGUGCCGCUGUACUUCAGUAUCUUGUCCAUCGGUGCGCUGGUUGGCUACAGGGAUAUCGAGCCUGUUGGCGGGGUCAGCAACCAGAAGUGGAGCAGGCGAUUCUUCAACGAGGCGAGGGCGAGGUUCAAAGAGCUUGAGCUCGCUACUGAUUUGGAGAUGGUGCAGACGUUUUUCUUCAUGGCAAAGGUCUGCCAGAAUGAGCUGAAUGCCCAUUGGUCCUACUUUUACAUCGGCAUGGCUGUACGCACGGCACUAGCAGUAGGCAUAAACCGCGAGCCAGGCCCGAACUGCAAAAGAAGUCCAGCUCAGCUCAGAGCAGAAGCCAGGACCUGGUGGGGCAUAUAUUCCCUAGAAGAAGAGCUGUCUUUCGCAAUGGGUCGUCCAAGCGGGCUCGGCUCUGAAGAGUAUCAUAACCGUGCUUUCCCCCUGACCGAAUUCACCCCAGGCUUCGACCCGGGCUCCACGCUUUUGGAUCCACCCCACUGUGCCAUCAUAGAGCACAUGGUGCAUUUCUCGAGGCUUAUCCGACAGGUCUGCAUAGAUAUCUAUCUACCCCAGAACUCGGCCGCGAGGACGGUGGAACUGGCGCAGCAUCUAGACCAGCGGUUUGAUAAUUGGUUGUCGCACCUACCGGAUCCAAUCCGUCCCAGGCUGGAGUCGGAUCGGUCAUCGAAGAUCGGCAGCCACAAGGAAGCCAUGUGGAUGAAGAGACAGAAGCUGGUGUUGAAUAUGCGUUAUCUCAACCUCCGGAUCUUACUCUUUGGCUCCAUCCUCCUCACAUCUACCCCCGCCGAGAGGUCCUCAGUACCGGGAUCCUACGAAUGCGUCCAGAAAUGUCUGGACUCGGCAAAGAAGACCAUCGAGAUCAUCCACGAGACAUAUCACCACCAGGAGUUCUUCCGCACAUGGUUCUACAACACAACAUAUACCAUCUUCGCGACGUCUAUCAUCCUGGUCUACAUCAACCAGGAGGCUUCCGAGGCCGAGAUCGAGCCGCUCCUGAGGCUGGUGCACAUGGCCAUCGAGGUACUUGAGACCAUGGCGGACGAGUGUGUCGUGGCGGGCAAGUCGGCCAAGCUGCUGCAGCGGGCGAUGGAGAAGUCGUCCGCCGCGCGGCACGAGAAGAGCUCCGAGCGCCUGGCCGCGACGCUGUUGUCCAUGAAUGGCGGCGGCGGCGGCGGCGGCGUCGGCGAGCACCCUGGGGCGACCCUGGAUCCCGGUGGCCGCCCCGUCGCUGCCGCUGGUGCUGAUGACGGUGAUGAGUUCGCGGACCCCAUGGUCACGAUGCAGUGGCGGCACUGCUGGGCCCCCGUGAACCUCCUUGAUAGCGAGGUCAUGGAUUUCGACUUUGGGAUCCCGUUUAUGGACUUCGAUGAGAGAGCCAUGCACGGGACUGAGCACCCUAGCUGA